AUGAAAAACCUUUUAGCCGCAAAGUUUGAUUCUGAUGAAGACGAUGAAGAUUACAUCCCUGCUGAAGAUAAGAUAAAGGAUAAGAAAUAAAAGAUUGAAUCAGAUGAUGAGGAAAUAGGCGGGGUAGCAGGAUUAAAAGCUUAAAAAAGGAAGAAAGACAUAGAUGAUCUCUGGGCAAUGAUGAACAAGGAUGAUGAUUAUUAUAAGACUAAGUCUAAGAUAGUAAAAACAAGUGAAAAUUAGAGAAUUGAUUCAUCAAGUAAAAUCUCAGAGUCAAAAAGCUAGACCAAUAUAAAAGUUACGACAACAAUAUAAAAGUCAGAAAGCAAAGAUGAAGUUGAUAUUAAAAACAAGUCAGAGAGCAAAGAAGAAAAGAAAGAUGAAACAUUUAAUGCGGCAUUGGAAGCAAUAAGAUUGAUGAAAUAGAAAUAGUCUUAGUCUUUAAUCCAAGACAAAGUUAGAUAUGCUGGUAAGACGUAUCAAAUAGAGAGAAAUGCUACUUAAAAGGAUAUGAAACAAAAGGAGCUAUAAGACAAAAAGAAACUUGGUGGAACUUGUGGAGCUCUGGACGACUUAGUCGGUCUAAUAAGUGAUCCUGGUAAGAAUGUUAAUGUUGUUGAAAAAUCAAAAAUUGACUGGUCAAAAUACACUAAAGAGGAAAAGUUAGAGGCUGAAUUGGAGAAGAAUCGUAAAGAUGGUUAUCUAGCGAAAAGAAAGUUUUUGGAUUAGGUCACUGAGACAGAAUAUGAGUAUAAAAAAUAAAUUGAAAAAGCAGCAUUAUAACAAAGAAAAUGA